AUGAGGAUGAGAGAGAUAAGGAUAGAGAGUGAGGUGAAACUGCAAAAGUUGCAGGUCAGACAAGAUGAAGACAUCAUCGGUGGAACUCUGAGAGGAUUCCGGUAAACAAGAAGAACUUUCCCUUUUUUUCUGUUUUUGAUGAAGAAAACAUGUGAAAAAGUGAAGGAUGGAAGGAUGAGGUAUAAACAUCAUGGGGGAUAAUCAGUAAUGGAGAGAACAGAGCCGGACGUUAUUAUUUCAGAAGAAGAUUCUGGAAACUCUUCUGUGUCACCCCAAAACACACAUCUAAAGCUUCUGGAGUGUCUUGUGGGCUGAAUGCACCAACGCAAAAUCUGAUCUCAAGUCUGGACUGAGGUUGUCUUCAGGAUCCUGUGAGCUGGAGAUCACACAUCCUGCUGUUUUAUGCACGUGGCAGAGGUUGGUGGGUAGGAUGAGAUGCACUGGCGUUGCGCUACUCUGGGUGCUGUUUUCAAGCUGGACCAUCCAAACGCAAGCUCAGAUGAGGAUAUCGCCUGAAAUAGUUCAACAAUGGGCCAAUGACUUUGGAAAACAGCUUUCUGCCUUGUCAAACAGAUACUCAGGCGCUCAACUCUUACAGAAGAAAUAUAAAGAUGUGGAGCCCAUUGUGAAGAUGGUGGAAGUGGAUGGUUCAAAGAUGGUGAAGGAAUUUGCUGAAGAGAUGGAGAAUAUGCUGGGCAGGAAGAUGAAAUCAGUCAAGAGAAUGGCAGAGGCAGCAGAGGAUGCUGAUUUUUAUCACGAGUAUAAUGCCACAUUACAGUUUGACUACUACAAUUCAAUGAUGAUAAACACCCUUGAUGAAGAUGGGAACUAUGUGGGACUGGGGGGUGAAUUUCCACUGGAACAGAAUGAACACUUCAACAAACUGCCAGUUAACAUCCAACAGAGUGUCAUACAAGUGCCCACCAAUGUCUAUAAUAAAGAUACUGACAUUCUGAAUGGGGUGUUUAUGUCCGAAGCAUUGAAUGACGUGUUUAUCAGUAACUUCGAAAAGGACCCGACUCUCACUUGGCAGUACUUUGGCAGUUCAACUGGCUUUUUCAGACUUUACCCUGGUAUCCAGUGGACACCUGAUGAAAAUGGAGUUGUCACUUUUGAUGCCAGGAAUCGCAACUGGUACAUCCAGGCUGCCACGUCCCCCAAAGAUAUCAUCAUUGCUGUGGACAUAAGUGGCAGUAUGAAGGGUUUGAGGCUCACUAUUGCAAAACACACCAUCAACACCAUUCUAGACACACUUGGCGAAAACGACUUUGUCAAUGUCAUUGCGUACAGUGAUUAUGUGCAGUAUGUAGAGCCUUGUUUUAAAGGCACGCUGGUACAGGCCGACCUAGAUAACCGAGAGCACUUCAAACUGCUGGUGGAAGGGCUGCAGGUGAAAGGUGAAGGAAAAGUGAAGAAAGCCAUGAAAGAGUCCUUCAAGAUUCUUAAUGAGGCAGCAGCAGAAGAAAGAGGUAGUUUAUGUAACCAGGCAAUAAUGUUGAUCACUGAUGGAGCCAUGGAAGAUUUUCAACAGGUGUUUGAAGACUUUAACUGGCCAGACCGCAGGGUGCGUGUGUUUACAUAUCUGAUUGGACGAGAGCUAACCUUUGCUAAUAAUGUCAAAUGGAUUGCCUGCAACAAUAAAGGUUACUACACCCACAUCUCUACUCUGGCAGAUGUACAGGAGAAUGUGAUGGAAUAUCUACAUGUGCUCAGCAGGCCAAUGGUCAUCAACCAUGAUCAUGACAUCAUUUGGACAGAGGCUUACAUGGAUAGUGUGCUUUUUAACACACAGGCUGAGAGCUUGCUGUUGAUGACCUCUGUUGCCAUGCCUGUGUUCAGCAAGAAAGAGGAAACGCUGUCUCAUGGUAUCCUUCUUGGUGUGGUUGGCACUGAUGUCCCUCUGAAAGAACUCAUGAGACUGGUUCCACGAUAUAAGCUGGGGGUUCAUGGCUAUGCAUUCCUGAAUACUAACAAUGGUUAUAUCCUCUCUCAUCCUGACCUUCGACCUCUGUAUAAAGACGGUAAGAAGCUGAAGCCAAAGCCGAACUACAACAGUGUGGAUCUGUCAGAGGUGGAGUGGGAGGAUACAGAAGACGCAUUGAGAACAGCGAUGGUAAAAGGGGAAAAUGGGGCACUGUCUCUGGACGUCAGAGCAACAGUAGACAAUAGAAGGAGAGUAGUUUUCCUGAAAAACGAUUAUUUCUACACAACCAUCAAUGAAACUCCAUUCAGUCUUGGAAUUGUGCUUACCAAAGGUCACGGGAAGAAUGUUUUCAUUGGAAAUGUAUCAGUCGAAGAGGGGCUUCAUGAUCUGACUGCAUCUGAUGUCACUAUUGCUAAUGAAUGGACAUACUGUGAGACAGACAUCGAUCCACAUCAUCGCAAACUUACACAGUUUCAAGCUGUGGUUCAGUACCUGAUGGGGAAAGAACCAGACCUGGAGUGUGAUGAAAGACUCUUGCAGCAGACUCUGUUUGAUGCAGUGGUCACAGCUCCUAUGGAAGCCUACUGGACAGCGCUGUUGCUCAACGCCUCCGGUAUUGAUGGGGGUGUGGAGACAGCGUUUCUGGGCACACGCUCUGGCCUCAUGAGGAUGAUCAGAUAUGUCGGUGUAGAGAAGCGUGUGGCAAAGAAAUUCCUGUCUCCAUCGGAUAAGGAGAAUCUUUUUACUCUGGACCAUUUCCCUGUGUGGUACCGGCGUGCAGCAGAGAAUCCAACUGGACGCUUUUUAUACUAUGUACCUACAGAGGACAGCAUUGGAGACAGCAAGUUUGUGAUUGCUGUCACGUCUGUUACAGUGACUGUUAACAAAAAGACAGCAAUUGCUGGAGCCACUGGGGCCCAGAUGUCUCUUGUGAUGUUGGAGAAGAGAUUCUGGUCCAUUGCCAAUCAGUGUUCAGGAGUAGAGGGGGUUUGUCCUUUAAGCUGUACUGAUAAUGCGGAUAUUAACUGCUUUGUCAUUGACAAUAAUGGCUUCAUCAUCAUCUCUAAGGACAGGACUGAUGUUGGCAGGUUUCUGGGGGAGGUUGAUGGGUCUGUGAUGUCACAGCUCUUAAGAAUGGGCAUGUUCAAAAGAGUGUCUCUCUAUGACUAUCAGGCCAUGUGUAAGGUGAAUACUCACUCAGCAAGCAGUGCUCGACCCCUGCUCAGUCCAUUUUAUAACCUGCUGGCAGGACUGAAAUGGUUCCUAUCAAACUUCCUAUUGUUUUUACUGGACUUCAACAUCUACAGUCUGUGGCAGUCAGAUUAUUUUGUGGAGGCAAAGACUUCAUUCCAUUCAUCCAGUAAGAAAUCAAGGAGUGGCAUUCUGCAGCCAUGUGACACGGAGUAUCCCAGCUUCAUCUAUGAACCAUCAAUCAAAGAAACCAACAGCAUCAUUAAGUGUGGGAGAUGUCAAAAGAUGUUUGUGAUUCAGCAGAUUCCUGACAGUAAUCUGUUGUUGCUGGUGAUUCAGGCAGAUUGUGACUGUUCUAGGCAGUACUCACCCAUCACCAUGGAGCCCAAAGAGGUCAAAUACAACGCCUCAGUAAAAUGUGACCGAAUGAGAUCUCAGAAGAUACGAAGACGGCCUGAAUCUUGCCACGCUUACCACCCUCAAGAAAAUGCCAAGGACUGUGGUGGGGCCGUGAUAAUAAGCCUGUCCAUCAUGCUGUUCCAAGCCUGUUUAUUGGUUUCUGCGCUCAUCCGUCAAUGACAGACAGUUUAUUAAACUUCCAAGACAAAGUCACACAUAGGACGCACACUCAACUCAUGCUGUUUUAUACACAAUAAUAUGAGUUUGGACAAGAACAGAUGAUCUCAAUGUUCUACUGUGUUAUGUCUUCAACAUCAAGUGUAUGUAGCUUAACAAGUUACUUUUUAUACAUUUGUGGAUUUUUUUAAGGAGAGCUGAGAUUUGUUGUACUGUGACAUUAUGGAAGAGAAUUUACAGAAUUUAUAUGAAGAAGGAGAAAAAUGUGCAGAUGCCUCAUAAUGUGCAUAGAUAUA